AUGAGUUCUGACGACGAUUUCGAAAUCGAGGUGCCCGACCUCGCGGCAGACGAUCCUAUGAGAGCAUUUCUACCGACGGCUUUUGGAAAGAAGUCGAAAGAAGCCGACAUCGCUGCCCAAUUCGACAGAAGUCGCAGGACAGUGACCAGUAAAGCCCCAGAAAUUAGUAGUGCACAGCAAGCCCAGGAACCCAAGAAGAAGAGUAAUUCGAGCGACGAUUCCGACAGCGACGACUCCGAUGACGACGACGAAUUUCCUGUAUCGCACGAGCUUGUUCUCAAAACACAUGACCGCGCUGUAACCACGGUUUCGCUCGACCCUGCAGGAGGACGCUUAGCAACUGCUUCCACAGACUGCACCGUUAAGCUGCACGACUUCGCCUCCAUGACUCCCACCACUCUGAGGGCUUUCCGCUCCGUCGAUCCAUACGAACAGAAGACAUCCGCUGCAAGCUCCGAGUCGCACCCCGUCCAUCGCAUAGAGUUCAACCCGCACGCUGGAGGGGUCUUCCUCUGCGUCUCAGCACACCCCCAAGCGAAGAUCAUGUCUCGGGAUGGUGACAUUGUUACAGAAUUUAUAAAGGGAGAUAUGUAUCUUCGUGAUAUGCACAAUACCAAGGGUCACAUUUCCGAGAUUACAACUGGAACAUGGCACCCUACUGACAAGAAUUUAUGUAUUACUGCUGGCACCGAUAGCACAUUGAGAAUAUGGGAUGUCAACAACAAGCGAUCCCAGAAGGAUGUCAUUGUCUUCAAAUCCAAGGCCGCUGGCUCCGCGGGCCGUACCAAGAUGACCGCGGUUGCAUGGGGAUCUUCAGCUCAAGGUGGCAGCAAUGUGCUUGUCGCAUCAGCUCUUGAUGGCUCGUUAGUCAUGUAUAGCGGCAACAGUCCCUUCUCACGACCUGCAGGAGAGAUUCGCGAUGCCCACAAGCCCCAGACUUGGACCAGCGGUAUCGACAUAUCAUCAGACGGCCGCAUGGUGGUCACGAGAGGCGGCGACGAUUUGAUUAAGCUAUGGGACACUCGCAAGUUUACCAUACCCCUGGUCACAGUGUCUCAUACAUCUACCUCGGACCAUUACUCGACAAGUAACAUCAAAUAUGCGCCGAACUCGACAAGUAUCAUCACAGGCUCCGUUACGGGUCAUCUCCAUAUCCUGAACCCCGGCAAUCUGCGCGCGGAACAUGUCACUCCAAUAACACCUGGGUCACCACUCAUCACAGUUGAUUGGCACCCAAAGAUUAAUCAAAUUAUCACAGGUUCAGCUAACGCCGAAACCCACGUCUUGUACAACCCACAGAUGUCGAGCAAAGGAGCUGUAGAUGUCAUGUCACGAGCACCGAAGAAACGCCAUAUCGACGACAACCCGGAACUGACCAUGGACCAGUCGGCCGGUGUAUCUGGUGAUGCCAUCAUGGUACCAGGCGCCUCAGGAGGCUCAAGGAAGUCUGGUGUUACAGUAUCUGGCCGAUCUAAGGAUCCUCGACGCCCGUACAUGCCUCAGCAAACCCCGUUGCAGAAGAACGCACCCGACGAGAAGUCUAUCGCAGCAAACAUUCCUCUUGCACGCAUGCUGCACGAAGAUCCUCGAGAAGCUUUGCUGAAGUAUGCAGACAAGGCUCAGAAUGACCCAAUGUUCACCAAAGCUUGGAGCAAGACGCAGCCUGAAACCCAGUAUGCGGAGCUUAGCGAUGGGGAAGACGGCCCUGACAAGAAGAGGCUCAAGAGGUGA